AUGUAUAAUAUAUCAUACAGUGGUCUGAAUUGCCGUGAUAAUAAUAUUUACUGGACGCCGAUCAAUAUGCCCGUCUAUGAAACAGAUGCAGACGGCCGUCCCGUGCGCCUGUCGAACAGAACGAAGUCGUCUAACUUGAUAUUCAAUCCUAAGCUUUCCAAUAUGGAAAUAUUGAAAAAAGAUGUGUUCAUGUUGACCACAGAUGGCAGCCUUUACCGUACCGACAAAAAAAAGCUCGUAAUGGACACGAAUUACUGCGUGGAGUAUAUCGAUACAACAUUGUCCGAAGAGGCUUUUCAUGCGUUCAUAAUAUGGGACAAUGAGACCGAAUCCUCUGCCAUGGCUAAGGACAAACGUGGUAGCUGGAUGUACUUAAUUUCUCAGGCUAGUUACGUAACGUCUGCCGUGUGCCUGGCCCUCACGCUGCUUGUGUACGCCAAACUGUCUUACCUCCGGAACGUCCACGGUUACUACGUCAUGUGCUACAUGGCCUGCGAGCUCGUGUGGUUCGUCUGCGAAAUAAUCAACAAAAUUAUGAUAAUAGACAACAUAUUAUUAUUCAACCCACCGUUUGGAGUUCUAUUCAAUUAUUUUAAUUUAUUUGCGAUGCUGACAACCUGUUGCUGGUUAAACAUAAUAUGCUUCGACAUUUACUGGAUGUUAAGGUACAGCAAUUCAAUAAACAGAAAUACAUCAACAUCAGUACGCACCAUUUUAUACCAAAUUUACUGUUGGGGAUUUUCAAGUUUUUGCGUAUCUACUGGAUAUUUAUUUCAACAUUCAAACAACCAAACGAUACUUCAAAUAUCACCCUAUGUUGGAGACUUUCUAUGCUAUUUUUACGACUGCACUUACCUCAGAAAUAUUAUUUUCUUAAUUAUGUGCAUGUCAGUUAUGCAGACUGCCAAUUUGGUUCUGUUCUUGUUAACUGCUAGUCAUUAUUCAAGAAUUAAGUCACAACUCAAUAAAUUCAACCCAACAGAUUCAAAAACGGAAAGUUUUCUUGAUUACAAAGAGAAAUUUUUAAUGAACAUCAAACUAUUUCUGAUUAUGGGAAUGCCACGGUCAUCUGAGAUAGUACCUUUCUUCUUCCAAAAAGGAAAGAUCAUAUGGGACAUUUUUGAUGCAACUGUCAGUCUACAAGGAGUAUUCGUAUUUAUUAUAUUUGUGGCCAAGCGCAAAAUUAUUAUGGACUUACUGAAAAAUUUUAAACGUUCAAUGGAUCACAGUGAGUCGACAGUACUUAACACUAUCCCUGAAUCGUCAUAA